UUAGUCUCUGAAACUCGACUUGACUAACGACAAGCCACAGUUUCACGCUAAGAGAAAGAAAAUGGCUGACGUUUUACUUGUGACUAAGGAAGAUGAAGAAGACUUUGAAAUUGACGAGGAAGGCGAUCAAGGUCUUCAAAAGUUGAAAGAAAAAGCAAAGAAACGCAAAGGCAGAGGCUUCGGUGGAGAGGGACCAACACGAAGUGGUGUUGAUCAUUAUGAGGGUAUGGAAGUGGAUUACGAUGAGUCUGAAGGGCCUGGACCACAAAGAUCUGUAGAAGGGUGGAUCCUUUUUGUCACUGGUGUACAUGAAGAAUCACAGGAAGAUGAUAUUUAUGAAAAAUUUGGAGAAUAUGGGGAAAUUAAAAACUUACACUUAAAUCUUGACAGACGCACAGGCUUUCUCAAGGGUUAUGCUUUAGUUGAGUAUGAAACAUUUAAAGAAGCUCAGGGUGCAAUGGAUGCUCUAAAUGGCAAAGAAAUUUUGGGUCAGAAAAUAAAUGUGGAUUGGGCUUUUGUUCGAGGUCCAAGAAAAGACAGGUCAAGGAAAGAUGACAGGCGGCGGAGGUAGAUGGUGUCCAUCCAUUGUACAGAUUUCUCAUUUCACUAAUGAAUAUUUUUCUUUGUAAUAAAUGCCUAUUAUUGUUAAAAUUUGUUACUUUAUUUUAUU